GCGACAGACCGGAGACCGUCCAGCCGCCCGCAGACGAUCCUCAGCGGGCCGCGGUGCAGGAGGAGGCCGGUGACGCAGCCAUGGAGACGGAUGGCGAGCAGAACCAACAGGGGGCCUCGACCAAUGGGAGCACUGCGUCCGGGACGAGCUCCCGCCCCUCUCCGAUGAAUUCCAUGUCUCUGUAUGAAAGACAGGCGGUGGCGCUGCAGGCGUUACAGAGGCAGCCCAAUGCAGCUCAGUACUUCCAGCAGCUGAUGCUGCAGCAGCAGAUCAGCAACGCCCAGUUUCAGAACCUGGCAGCCGUGCAACAGGUAAAGGCUACUCUGGCAGCCAGUCGCCAGUCAAGUCCCUCCAGCAGCGGCUCUUCUCAGACCACCAGCACCACAGCUGCCAGUGUAACAUCUGGAUCUACAACCAGCAGCCGUCCCAUGGGCGCCCCGGCAACGUCCACCAUCAGCCAAUCGGUGCUGCUGAGUGGGACGGCGGGGGGGCAGGGACAAAUGUACCUGAGGGUCAACCGCUCCCUGAGGGCCCCCAUCUCCUCGCAGCUCAUCUUCAUGCCCGGCAACACGGCAGCCGCUACCGUGGCAACCGUCACCCAGCAACCACAGGCUCAGCAGCAGCAACAACAGGAAGUGACGCCAACUUCCUCCUCCGGCGGCCACUCGGAUAAUGACCAGGUGCAGAAUCUUGCCAUGCGAGGUGUGUCCGGUCCCAAAGGUGUUAAGACUGAAGCCCCAGAGAGGAGUGACUCAGCUGCUUACUCCUUAGUCCAGCCUUCACACCAGUCCAUCUCCCACUCCUCCACUAAGCCAAACCAGCACCACCACCAGCCGCCCCACAUCAAAAUCCCCACCUACCCUCAGCCCACCAACCUCAAAGCCCACCCUUCCUCCUCCUCCUCCUCCACGUCCUCCACCUCCUCCAUCCCUCUCUCCCAGCUCCUGCUUCACGGCACCCGGACUCUCACCACGGGAUCCACGGCCCCCACAGCGGCUCACACUCUGGUCCUGACGUCCGGCGCGGCAUCCCAGGGGCACGGGUAUCCUGUCGGCACGGCGACCAUCAAACCGGCGGUGAACGCUCAGACGCUGGUGGUGCAGCCGCUGCAGAAGACGUCGCUCGGUGCAGAGAAAUCGGGCCACGGGAACGGACCCGUCCCCAUCCAACCCAAAACUCUGCAGGGGCUCCGCCUGCCGCUCCAGCUGCCCUCCAGGAACCCUCCACCCAUCCUGCCCGCCCCGCCGCCCGUCAGCAGCUCCUCCGCUCAGCCCGCUCAGCCGCCGCACAUCCCCGUCCAGAUCGUAGGAGCGAGACAGAGCACGCUGGGGAACGCCCAGGCUCUGGCUCUGGCCCGGGGCAGCUGCUGCCAGGACGGAGCCGCCGCCGUCCUCAGCAGCUCGUCCAGCCUGCUCACCAUGGUGGCGUCCAUCGCGUCCAGGGAGGGCGGGGUCGUGGGCCGCGGGGUGGGGCUAAAGACGCUCCAGUCGCCACAGGAGGCCCCCCCGUUGGCUCAGGUCUCUCAGGUGCACCCGCAGGCCAAUCAAAGCACCGGGCCGAGUCAGAACGGACCGGUGGUUUCUAACCCCGCCUCCUCCCAGGCCACCGUGGUUUCCUCCCCUCCCUCAUCGAUGUCUCGCUCCUCCCUCUCGCUCCCUCUGGUGACGGAGGAGCAGAGAGGAGCGUCAACGGCUGUGACCACCAACGGAGACUCAUCCAGAAGUCAGACAGCACAGGUAAAACAGUUGACCGGCUCACUAAAAAGAAAAUCAGACUCUACUUCAGCCAACGAUGAAGACGGCCCCUCCCCUCCACGGCUCCAGCCAAUCAGAGAUCACGUCUCAGCCGUGCCGACCAAUCCCAGGGAAGCAGGCCCUGGUGCUCCUCCUCCCGUCUCCUCCUCUCCCUCCCCCCUGCUGUCAGUGUCCCGUGGGGUUGGCCAGGGGGAGAGAGCUCCUCCCCCUCAAGCUGUGGUGAAACCCAACGUCCUCACACACCUCAUCGAGGGCUUCGUCAUCCAGGAGGGGGCAGAGCCUUUCCCUGUUUGUGGUUCAGUAAAGGACUCGACUGGUGAGGAUUUAACCAACGACAGUCUGGACACCAACCAAUCAGAGACGGUUACAACAGCGACAGUGCUGAAGUGUGAGUACUGUAAAAACUUUGCUCCAGCCAGCCAGUUCAGAGGCACCAAAAGGUUCUGCUCCAUGACGUGUGCCAAGAGUAUGUAUUGGUUCCCCAGGUACAACGUCAGCUUCAGGCAGCACUUCUGCGUGCGGCAGGGUCAAGGUCAAGGUCAAGGUCAGGGUCACGGUCAGCUCUCCAACUCAGACGAGGACGGAGGAAUCACCCGGCGGAGGGUCCCGCGACGGACCAGCUCAGAGAUAGCCAGUGCCAAGAUAGCAGGGAGACCCAUACCUGUCAAGUGCCGUUCAGAGUCCAGCCAUUCAGACGAGGAGUCCAGCGGAGAGGAGGAUGAAGACGACCCCGUGUCCCUGUCGUCCGCCUCCUCCGCCUCCUGCCGCCCGCCGCCUCCUCCGCUCCCGACGGAGAGCUCCUCCCCCAGCUGCCUCCCUGCUGGCCCCGCCCAGUGGAGCGUGGAGGAAGUGUCGCAGUUCAUUUCCUCACUACAAGGCUGUGAGGAGCUCGCCUCCCAGUUCCUGUCUCAGGAGAUUGACGGACAGGCCCUGCUGCUGCUGAAGGAGGAGCAUCUCAUGUCCACCAUGAACAUCAAGCUAGGCCCCGCCCUCAAGAUCUGCGCCCACAUUAACACCCUGAGAGACUGAUGCCAGCGUUUCUGUGAAUCCACCGUGUUGAAAGUCAAGCCCGGGGCAUUUACCCUGAAACUCCUGAUCCGCACACCAGUUCAGAUAUGAAACUGGUUCCAGAGCAGUCAGAGUCCUGCAGGUGGAUGAAUGAGGUACAGUUCAUUUUCAGAACAGAGCCACAGCUCUUUAGCUCUAAAUUGAGCUGCAGCACUUGAAUCUGGAGUAGGUUUGUCCACUCAGCAGCACAUCUUCAAAGGUGGUACUUGCACAGAGAUAUUGUGAAUCUUUCAUGUCUGUGAGUUGCAAAAAUAAGAUUCAUGUUCCCUAAAAUGCUGUUUCUACGCAAAAAAACCAGUACUUGCGUCAGAAACAGUGGUUUCAUUUUGCUUUUUAGUUGCACAAUUUCACUCUUAUACCUGCAUUGUAAAAUGCAGAAAUGAAGGUUUUGAAUGUAUUUUCAAUGCAGAAGUCACUUCAGCAAGUUGAUUCAUGCACUUGCACAAUAUUCCCAGAUGUUAUUUACAAAUAGGGCUCCCCUUU